UCAACGUCUUCGGAAAUAUCUGUUACAUUCAUUUCAGAGUCUUUAGUUCUGAAUAGCGGAUUUAGCUUGUGGUACCGCGGACAGGAAGUGUGUGAAAAUCAAACGUUUAAUUUAAACCAUGGCGUUUUAGCCAGCACGAAAUAUUCACAAAACUAUGCUAAUAGUGAGGACUGUUAUUACAAUAUUAACGUCGACGACGCCUCGGGUGGAAUAGUGUUGAAAUUUUCAAAUAAUUGUUCCGACCAAACGUCAUCAUUUUGGAUUGGUGCCAAUGAUAUCCAAUACGAAUCAGAUUUCUACUGGACGAGAGGGUCAAAGGUCACCUAUGCUGAUUGGUUUAAAGGUUGGCCCGAUGGUGAUGGUAGUAAGAGUCAGCCGAGUGAUGACGGCCUGUCCAAUGAAGAUUGCGUAGAACUACGGCGAUCCUUUCGCCAUUCCGGCAAGGAAUCGGAACUUGUUGAUCGGUUAUCCAGUAACGUUGUCUAUAUGAGGUUUACGACGGAUAACUCGCGAACAUUUCGCGGUUUUAAACUUCAAGUUUCUGCUAUAAAAGUGAAAGUAGACAACCGUCGUAUCAUACUAACUGUUGUUGAAUUAGACGUUGAAUAUCAAAUAGAUUGUCUGUAUGAUUAUUUCAUGAUAAACGACAGCCACCAGGCUAUCGUCGUAUUAACACCUCAAUCCUCAAUCAGUGAUAUUUUGAUGAGCGAACCAAUCUGGAUUGGUCUCAUAGUCAUUCUCUCCGUGCUCUGUUUUUUUGGAAUUUUUUACCUCAUCCGAAGAAAAUGCGGCAAAUAUUUCAAAUGUUGUGAACCCAAUAAAAAGAAGACGCCGAACAAAGAUAACAAGAAAGAUAAAACUGAUAUGAAUGAAACAACGUUCUCCAGUGAUAUAUACUCAGUGGAAAAAUCCUUACAAAAGUUUACCAACAUACCACCCAUAUUAAUAACACCGUAUACCCCAGUUUCUGAGCCAGCAAACGAAGGAAGAAAAAUUGCUAAACGUUUCUUUGCGUCCUAUAAUGGUGCAGGAACAACUCCCAUAACAACGCCAGUAACGACUGACUUCAUACAGAAUACAGCAACAUUUUUAUCAGAACCGGCAGACGAUAAAAAUGGCGAGAUUGUUGGCGGACGUUUGCUGUUGGAUCAUCUACAGGUGAAGUCGACCAGUAGUCUACCGAGAAAAUCGACAUCCCUCGACCCGACUGCAGCAUCAGUAAAUAGGGGCGCCAGGAUGAAACGGUCUCAUAGUACGGGACCAUAUUUAGUUCGCCAGGAAACACAAUUUGAUGAUUAUGCUCUAGACGGGUCUAUAAACAAUGGCUACGCGUCUUCGUCCACGGAUCAUAUCUAUCCCAACGUCAUCGUCGCGCAGAAUCAGAAAAAAGCUGACGGAGAUGAAGCUGCCCUAAAACAACUGGGCAAGGAUGAGUCCGAUCGACUUUGCCUCUCACCGAAUUUUCUGUCCGUAAACCGUACAAAGCUACACGAAACAAGAUCGGUCGAUAGACUAGAAUGUGUUGAACGAGAAGAACGGUACAGAAAAGAUUUUCUCGAGGGUUAUCAUAGAAUAUCCAAAAGUUUGGACGUGCCAACCUCGGGGUUUCCCAAUUUGGAACCCCGGAAGAUAAAGAUAAUGGAGGACAAUUAUCAAUGCUCCGCAUGUACGCGAUCCGUGUCGGAACAUAACUAUCAUCAUCACCACCAUCACCAUCGCCAUCAACGGCACAGGCACGAUGACUAUCAGUCCCGUAGCUUUGACGAUCGUUUACCAGGAUAUCAUACGAACUGUGACUAUUGUAAUCAUCGCCAGGACCCGGAUCGUCGACGAAAUUAA